GCUGAGUAUUCAUUGAACGAACUCAGUCGUAACCAGAAAUCGUCAGAUUGAAACAGAUAAAAACAAAUUUUGCUCAUACCAGUUUAAGGGCUUCUUUUAUCUACUUUAUUGAUAACAAUUGUAAUUACUCAUCGUUUGCAAGCAAACUUACUUGUAAUCUAGCAAAAAACUCAAAAUACCAGAGAAUGGCGCUCAUAAACAUUGACGGUGACCCAUGGUUAAGUGAUCUUGACGCCUGUGAACGUUUGAGUAAUGAGAUUCAGUCCCAGCUGGUGGCCCGUAACCGAGAAAAUCAACUCUCUCGCGAAUAUUCCUCCAUAUCCGGUCACGUCAGGGUGCGGCUAAAGCAGUUUGGAUCAGAGCUUGAGCAGCUCAAUAAGAAGCUGGGCUACAUAUCUAGCUCACUUACGGCGGCCGAGGCGGAACGGCGACAGCGCCAAGUGGAAGCUCUUCAAUCGAAGCUCGUACAGUUGCAGCGCCAGUUUAGCACCGUAGAAGCUUCCGCCGAGCGGGCUAGUCUUUUCGCAUCAGGCAAUAAUCGCUUGUUCGACGAUGAUGACGAUGAUCCGGCGUUAAUUAGACCAGAGUCUAGCUACACGGUGGCAGAUUUGAGAGACCAACGAACGCGAAUACUGGAAGACCAAAACGAAGGUUUAGAAGCGCUGUCAAAGGUAAUUUCCAGACAGAAGGUAUUGGCCACUCAGAUCGGCAGCGAAGUAGAUCGCCACAAUGAAAUCCUGGUCAAUCUGGCGGAUACCAUGGAGACGACAGACGCUCGGUUGAAUCGCGAAACACGUCAGAUCGGUAUUGUUACGGUGCAGGAUUCCACCUGGGGCUACUGGACUAUCAUUGGCAUUCUAGCGGCUGCUAUUAUCAUUGUUGCAAUUCUUUAGCUGUUGAUGCUUGGUUUUCUGGUCGAAGGUACUACUAAACCAGGAAGCAACGUUUUUGUCUGAGAAGAUGGGGCUUGUUGUAUAAAUUCUACUACAGAUAGUGACAAGCCUGUCUGAGAUGAGUAAUCAUUAUCUUCAGCAAUAACCUUUAACUAUACAUGAGCCAAAAAAUCAACUGAAACGAUUAAAAAUGUGUUUUCGGAAACAAUUGGUUGCUACAAUAUUCCUAUAUGUUAUCCCUAUAGUUAUGCUCGUAAAAUGUACUGUGUAUAACCUACUUAAGAUGCCUACACAAUUUAUCAAUAUAUGUUUCAAUUAAUUUUA